AUGGCGACUGCUUCACCUCAAGCAUGGUUAGAGGAGGAAUUGAUUUGUUCCAUCUGUCUACAAAUGUAUACUGAUCCUGUGAUUCUCAAUUGUAAGCACAGUUUCUGUAAAGUCUGUAUUGAGAAAACCUGGAAAGAGGCCAUGUUUGAUACUUAUCCCUGCCCUGAAUGUAGGGCAGAGUACAAGAAGUGGCCACAUCUGCAGAGGAAUUUCAAACUUGCAAGCAUUAUUGAGAAAUAUAAUGUUCAAAAUACUUCAACCCAUUCACUUCUGUGUAACUACUGUCCCAGCCACCCACGGCCGGCAGUGAAGACCUGCCUGAAAUGUGAAGCUUCCAUGUGCCUGGAACACCUCAGACAUCACACCGAGAGCACUGUGUUUAAAAGCCAUCUCCUUGUAGAUCCCACUGCAGAUGUGUCCCAGUGGAAAUGUACAGAGCACCAGGAGCUGCUGAAGAUUUACUGUAAGGAGGAUAAGGUGUGUGUCUGCACUCUCUGCACUGUAUUUGGGAAACACAAGGGCCACAAUUGUGGGAGCAUCAGCGAAGGUGAGAAGGAGCUCAGGGCUUACUUCAAUGAUCAAACAGAAACGAUCAGGAGCAACAUUCAAUCGGUACAAGCUUCCCUUAGAGAUCUUCAGGAAGAAAAGCUAAAAGCAAAGGAUGAAAUAAAACAAAAGAAAAUGAAAAUAAUGGAGAAGAAUGAUGCACUGAGAAAGAGGAUUGAAAGGGAAGAAAGAGAGAUGUUUGAAUAUUUGGACAGAGAGGAGAAACGCGUAAUUGUGGAGAUUGAUGCUCAGAUCAGAGAACUCAGUGACAGAGAGAGUAACACUCGGGAAUACCUCAGCAAAUUGAGUUACAUCUCAAAGGAAAAGGGAGCUAUCUUCAUACAGAUGCUUAAUUCGAAAGCUGACAAAUUGCGAAGUUUAUCAAAGCCAUUUCCAAUGCUCCCCACUCCGAGCUUAGAUACAGCAAAACUGCAGGCGUUGGUGCAGUGGUUGGAGGAACGAGUGGAGAGGAACAGGGAUGUCACAAUCUUACUGUACGGCCAGACGCCGCUUCUGGAUCGACUCACGGCCCACCCUCAGCUGGUUGUGUCCAACAGUAGGAGGAAUGUGACACUCACUCGACAGAAACCAAAAUGUGCUGAGAACCCAGGACGAUUUGACUGUUUCCCACAGGUCAUUUGUGCUGAUGGUGUGAACCGUGGCCUCUCUUACUGGGAGGUGGAGGUUCCUGGGGCAUGUUGGAGGGUUGGCGUGUGUUACAGAAGUCUGAGACGGAAGGGCCCAGGGUCUGAGUGUUCACUGGGAAUGAACAAUAAGUCAUGGAGUGUGUGCUCUCUGCUGGGCUCCUGCACUGCACUGCAUAAUGGGAACAAAACAAAACUGGCUGCUGGAAACCCAGCCAGAAUUGGAGUGCUGGUGGAAUUCGAAGCUGGAAUCAUUUCGUUUUACAGCGUGUCUGACAAGAAGCUAUUCCUAUUGUACACUUUCCAGCAGCAAACCUUCACUGAAGCCCUUUACCCAGCUUUGACGGUGAAUGGCUGUGAUGAGUGCAUCACUAUGUGUGACUUGAGUUUCCCAUCUUCUUGA